AUGUCAGAAAUAGAGAAAGAGAAUUUAAUAAAAAAUGUGGUUAGGGAAAUCUGUCAGGAAUGUCAUCUGAAAGGGAAAGCUGUUUCUGAAUCUUUAGCUUCCUUCAUUAUUAAGGCAGUCCUGUUGCACCCAAAAAACGGUUUCAACAUCAACAACCCAACAACCAAAGAGAACUUGGACAAACUGACUCAAUUAUGCGUGGAGAAGUUGACAAAAAACGACGAACCAUCAAUGGAUACUAUCAAGAUGCAAAUUUACUUCGACGAAAACUUUGUAGACAGGGAGACAUUUGAAAAGGAGGACAUAGCGGCCCUCGAUGGCCAGUUGUCAAAAAAGUUGGAGGACAUCAUAAGUCGUGACGUGGAGGGCUGCAAAGAGCAGGAGUGCCUCUACAAGAAGAUUAUUAGAUUUAUAAUGUACAAGUCUGAACUCGGUUGCAUGUCGAAUAGCGAUUCCAUCAAAGAGUUUUCUGCUGCCCUCUCCAGCGUCAUGCCCAUCUCAGAGAUCCAAUGUUUCCUGAAAUUCUCCAAGUCGAAGAGGGCUAAACAGCUGAUGGAGCUCACCUGGAUCGUGGCUGGUGUGGUCCUCUUCAAUAAGGAGUCUGGCAAGGGAGGGGAGAAUAUUGAAGAUGUUGGCAAAACGCUGAACAAUCUAAUCCCAAACAUCUCUCUGCUCGUUGAUGAGAAGCUAUCAGAGGUGCACAACCACGCAACAACAACAACCACAGAAAUGUUGGAGUACUACAGAGCCACCGUGAGAGACCUGCCCGAUCUGAUGAACAGCAACGCCAAGCAAUGCCUCAUCAACUGUUGCCAACACGUGCUCUACUUGAAACUUAUGAAGAAACUGGUGGCAAACGCAGCAAAAAUGGUGGACAAAGAAGUGACGAGCCUGGCUCACGUAAUCAAGUCGAUAAAGAACUCCGUCAGUAAGACAGUCGUGACUGCUUUGCGAAUAUUUCCCCAGUUUACAAAAUUGUCAACAAUAUGGAGUAUGUUGAUGAUGGAGUUGAAGUACAUGCACCUCAUCAUUGGCAUCUUCAAUGAUCUCCACCAGUUCACUCAGGUACUACCUGGCUAUUUUUCACUUAUGAACUUUUGUCAUUUCUCUCUUCGAAAUAUUCCAGAAAACUGCUUCGACAUGCAGCUGAAACGCAUUCACGACAUCAACAAGACUGAUGACGUCAUGAUCCUCUUUCCGGAAACAACCAGCAACUACUGGAGGCUGCCUCUCCAGUUCAGGGGCUACUGUUGUUGGACGCUGGUCAAUAGAGAUAUCUUGCUCGUGCCAGGCAACUUGAACCUGGGGAUAAUAUACUACAAGAAAUGUUGUUACGCCUUCACAUCUAACAGGGCUGCUGUUGACUUCGUUAGCGACCCAGUCAGCUAUUUGAAAGGUGUGGCCCAGUUGGCCUGCUCGAACCCUGAACUCAUCCAUCUGCUUGAACUUUAUCACCUAUUCACGUCACUUCUACCUUAUGAACAGGCAAAUGAGGAGCAGAAUGAGUUAGAGCAGCCUCUCUUGAAGUCCGAAUGUGCCUCGCAAACUGACACCCACUUCUGCGAGAGCAACAUCGUCCGGACGUACGAAUGGAAUGAGUGGCAGAUGAGGAGGAUGGCUAUCAGGCUGGCCAACCUACGUAACAAAAGAUCGAAAUCGACCCAAACGAAGAUGAGUAACAUGAGGAGGGACAUCUUCACGCAAGUCUACAGGAAGAAAACGACAGAAACGCAGACGAAAAUGGACGCAGGUUCGAACGUUCCCCGACCUCAAAUCUUCCUGGCGGGUCUGCGGGGCACCAACCCCACGGUCUACAACAAGGUCGACCUGACGCUAAGGGAUGAUGAGGACUACAAUGACUGA